UUUUGUCUUCCGCCUAUCGCUACAACUCAGCGCAUUCCGUGCAUCGCAGAGAUGAACUUCGUAUCCGUAUUGCCGCUGUGCCUUAGCCUGCUGGUAAUUCUGCCGCAUCCCCUGCAAUCGCUGGAGCCCCUGACCAUGGGGGCCAUUGGCCUCGGCGCAAUGAGUCUCGGGACGUACUUUAAGGAACAUACAUAUUGCAGGUUUUCCGAGUGCUGCGACGAUCGUAGUAUUCCGGCAAGGAUAAAUGAAUUGAAAAGAUCGCUGGAUGACACACUCUUUGGCCAGCACAUUGUAAAGCAGCACGUCAUCCCGGCACUGAAGGCGCACAUCGCUGCGGGCAACAAGUCCCGGAAGCCGCUGGUCAUCAGCUUUCACGGACAGCCCGGUACGGGCAAGAACUUUGUGGCGGAGCAGAUAGCGGAUGCCCUGUAUUUGCAGGGCUCCAAGUCGAGCUAUGUGACCAAGUAUCUGGGACAGGCGGACUUUCCCAACGCGGAUCAAUUGGGCUUCUACAAGAUGAGAAUCAAUUUGGAGGUGCGCAACAGCUUGCGUAGCUGCCCGAGAUCUUUGUUCAUCUUCGAUGAGGUGGAUAAGAUGCCCAGCGGUGUCUUCGAUAUGCUCACCUCGCUGGUGGACUACAAUGCCUUCGUCGAUGGCACGGAUAACACAAAGGCCAUCUUUAUCUUCCUCUCGAACACGGCGGGCAGCCACAUAGCCGGUCAUCUGGGCACUAUGAUGAAGAAUGGUAUGCUGCGGGAGGAGACGCGGCUGAGUGACUUUGAGCCCCUGUUGAGGAAGGUCGCCUACAACAUGGAUGGCGGUCUGCAGAAGACCACAAUGAUCGAGUCCCACGUUAUUGAUCACUACAUUCCGUUCCUUCCGAUGGAGAAGGGGCACGUGAUCAAGUGCCUCGAGGCGGAGUUCGUUAGGUGGAAUCGCAACCCAAAGCGACCUGAUAGCCAGGAAAUCAUCGAGGAUAUCAUUAGCAACUCGAUUAGUUACGAUCGCACGCACAGCUUGUUUGCCAUUUCGGGUUGCAAGACGCUUGAGAAGAAGGUUUCAAUGGCCAUCAACUGAAUGCGUACUUAAAGUUGCAUUUUAUAUUAAUAAACUAUAUUUUUUCGGGAAAAAAA